UGCAGACAGACUUCUCUUUUCUCUUCAUGGAUGAUUUUUAUUUUUAACGGUUUAACGGUUUAGCGCGAGGGCCUUACAGACAGACAGCUCUUCCUCUUCCUGCGCUGCCGCAGAGAGGCUAGCGCCGCUCGGACCGGUUGUCGUCAUGGGAACGGUGCUGUCUCUGUCUCCGGGCUCACGGAAAGCCGCUGCUCGUGGGCCAGACAAGCUCGCGGAGCUCGCGGUUCAGAAGCCGCUGGAGGCCCGCGAGGAGGAGGAGGAGGAGGAAGAGAAGGAUGGCAAAAAGAAGAAGAAGAAGAAACGGCACCCGGUGCUGCUGCACGCGCUCAGCUGGAAGAAACGCCUCGUGGCCGCGCGAGCCAAGAGGAAGGGCGGGAAGAAGGUGAAGCCGGCGGCGCCCGAUUCCGGGCACGUGCAGCGGGAGAAGGAGGCCACCGACAGCCGCCACCGAACACUGAAGGCCGGACAAAGACACGGGCCCAUCCCUGUACCCGUACCAACCGUCCCGGAAUACUCCCAGAGCCAGAAGCAGGGUAGGCCGGACCCGAUCAUUUCACCACGGAGGGUGGUGGUGCAGGCUUCGACAGGUGAGCUGCUUCGUUGUCUUUCUGAUUUUCUGUGUCAUCGUUGUGUCAAACUGAAGGAGCUGUCGUCCAAUCAGAUUGUCCUCUGGUUCAGAAAUGUCGACCGAGCGCUAUUGGUUCAAGGCUGGCAGGACCAGUGCUUCAUCAGUCCUGCCAGUCUGGUCUUUGUGUACCUACUGUGCAGAGAGGCGGUGGAUGAGGACACAUCUUCGGAGCAAGAGCUCCAUGCCACCUUUCUCACCUGCCUCUACCUGGCCUACUCCUAUCUUGGCAAUGAGAUCUCAUACCCCCUCAAACCUUUCCUGGUGGAGUCUAGCCGUGAUGCAUUCUGGGAGCGAGCGCUGGAGCUGAUCGACCGUCUGAGUGCUGACAUGCUACGAAUCAACGCCAACCCACACUUCUUCACAGAGGUGUUUCAGGAUCUGAAGAACCAAGGGGGAGUGAGGGAGAGGGAGAGAGAGAGGGAGAAGCUUGAGAAAGAAAAGGAGAAAGAAAGGGAGUGUGAGGAGGAGGAAGUGAAAAUAAAGCAGGAGAAAGAGACAGAGGAGGAGAAAGAGGAUGACAAAGAGAACGAUGAAGGAAACAGAAUAGUUGAUCUUGAUCGCUAAGAGAGAGAGAGAGAGAGAGAGAGAGAGGAAAUCACAGUAUUUGUUAAUGAGACUCGCCCAGCAGCCAUCGACCUACUGAGGUCUGAAUGUAAACUGGCUGCACCUGCAGCUUUAAGGCCAUUACCAUGGCGAUUGACGAGCAAUCUGAUCAACAGUUGGAUGAAUCAUGACUUUUGACCUCCUACUGAAGAGAGACUGAAACAUGGACACUAGCUCACUUUAACUGCAUGCUGUCAAUCAAAACCAACAUUAUCUUCUGAUUGUACCAUCGUGGAUGUAGACCAGUUACCAUGGCAACCUUACAUAUGAUCUUCAGCCUUAUUUUGUUUCGUUGCAUAGCAGAAGAAAGCUUAAUGUGUCAGUGAGUGCUGCAGAAAGGUAUUUAUUUAUUUAUCACA